AUGUCCACUGCCCAACUGGGCUCAACCCCGUCUGCCACAAGAAACACCUCCUGCGCCACAAUAUGCACCACUGAGAGUGUACGCACAUUCUUCCGUUCAGACAGAGUGUCCUGGUGUAUUAACACCACCAAGAAAAGUGAAUUUGGCGUUCAGGAUCUCAUUCCUUUUGAGUGUGUCGGCUUCGACUUGUGCCUGGGUAAAUAA